AUGAGUCCGAAGAGUUUGGUGAUAUGUUUUAUUUUUAUUUAUUUAACAUCCAUGGCAUCCAGUGAAAAUCCACUUCUAAUUUCGACAGGUGAUUUCGAACAGUUCGAAAAAAUUGCUGAAUGUGUUUUAAAAAUGACAGCAAAAUAUUUUGUCGAUAAAAAAGCACUAAGCGGCAGCAUCAUCGUGGUUGAUUUGCAUUCACACGCUUCUGUUAGGGAAGGUACAAUAUUAAGGGCAAUGCAUGGAGGAAAAAACUUUUCUAUAAUGAUCAAAAAUGGUUUCCGCCCUCACGCUAAUGCCUCGCAUUUUCGUGAAAAAGCCAAAAACUACAUGAUGAUAUUAAAAACCAAAUAUGACCCGGGAAUCCACUUAGGUCUACUCAGUCACUUGCCUACAUGGAAUCCCCUGGCUAAAGUAGUAGCUUUUUAUCAGCUGCGACCAAACGAAGAUGGAGAAAAAGUAGCAAUAAGGUUGACAAACGUAUAUCGAAGUUUUAAAAUCCUAAGAUGCAUUAUUUUAAUCCAUUCCCCAUUAAGUGGUGAAGUUACUGCUUAUUCUUGGACACCUUACAGUGAUGAUAAUUGUGCUGGAAAAUGUAGAUCAGUAUACAUUUUGGACAAAUGUAAAAAUGAUGAAAUAAUUGAGUUUGAAACUGAGAGAGAAAAGUUUCCGCUGGACUUAAAGGGAUGCCCUUUAACCACAUAUGCAGUUAUAUCUGAACCAUACGUGUUGCAUCCUGAGAAGAUGAUCAAUAAUAUAGAAUGGAAUGAUGUUUAUGAUUUUCAAAAGGGCGGAGAAAUAAAUCUAGUGAAAACUAUAAGCAAAUUUACCAAUAUGACUCUGAUUAUUCGAAUGUCAGAGAAGAAAGAAAAUUGGGGAAUCAUCGAUCCAGAUGGUAAAGCAACUGGAGCAUAUGAGAUACUAAGAAACGAUUCUGUCGAUUUAGUUAUUGGAAAUGUAGAAGUCACAAGAACUCUUCGUAAAUGGUUUGAUCCUACAGUAAGUUAUACCCAAGAUGAGAUGACUUGGUGCGUACCGAAAGCCAGAAAAGCUGCAGCGUGGGACAAUCUUAUAAAAAUAUUUCACUGGUCUACUUGGGUUUCAAUUUUGGCAAGCGUUAUAAUAAUGGGCUCCAUUUUCCACUUUAUGUAUAGCAAAGAGCACCGAAAUGCACCAAAAUGGCCGACAAAUUCAAUUUUAAUGACAUUGAAUAUGCUUCUAGGAUCAUCUUCAAAGUUUGAUCCAAAAUCUUCUAAAUUCCGUAUUCUUGUUUUUGGCUGGCUCUGUUUUAGUUUAAACAUGAUAAUAACAUACGAAUCAUUUCUGAGAAGCUCUUUAAUGCACCCGCGAUUCGAAAAGCAGAUAAGUAGCGAAUCGGAUCUUAUACACUCCGGAAUUCCUUUGGGAGGUAGAGAGAUUUACCGAUCCUAUUUCGAGACUAAUAAUGCCAGCGGAUUUUAUUUGUAUCGCAAAUAUAUCUCCACAACGUUCUCUGAAGGGAUAAAACGAGCGGCUAUCGGCAGAAACUUCGCUGUUGUUUCAUCGAGAAGGCAGGCUGAAUAUAUGGAUCAGAUAUUAGGUAAAGGUGAGGCUUUAAUUUAUUGUUUUCCAGAAAGGAAUAAUCUUUACAAGUACGGUGUUGUUUUGUUAACUAGGCAAUGGUUUCCUAUGUUGGAGAGGUUCAAUAACAUUAUACGGAGCGUUUCGGAAAAUGGCCUGAUUGAUAAGUGGAACGUGGAGUUGUUUAUUCAUAGGAUCAGCUCUGAAAGCACUACUGUGGUAUCAUUGGGUAUCCAACAUUUAUUGGGAGCUUUUGUGUUAACCGGUAUCUUGUAUGCUGUAACUAUAGUAGUUUUUAUUGGAGAAUUAGUUGUAGGUUAUAUAAGCAAAUAG